AACCUGACCGGUUGCCAAGUGUCUGCUCUGAAGUUUCCGGAUCUAGGUGGGGACGAGGGAGUUCCAACUGUAACCUGAAUGUGUUGAACUGGCAGCUGCCGGUGUCCAAACCACUUGCACUGAGAGGAAAAUUCCACAAAGUGGCUCCAUGUAGGAUGAGAAUGUGAACUAUGUCCAGGCUCACGGCCAUGGAACUCACAAGCUGCGCUCCUGGAACUGUUUAUUUUUUUCUGGAGGCUUCAGUGAAGUUGGCUGUUUGUCACUGAGUGCAGCUGUGCUGGAAUGCUGCUUGCCUGCCAUCGGAAUAGGGAGCACCUGUGAAAGGAUUGUGGUGUCACCUGAGAGGAAGAAAAUCAGUGUUGCUGCACGGGAUUGGGAGCCAACGGCAUCCGGCUGACCAUGGAGAGCGCUCUGACGGCCCGGGACCGUGUCGGGGUGCAGGACUUUGUCCUGCUGGAAAACUUCACCAGCGAAGCUGCAUUCAUUGAAAACCUGAGGAAACGCUUCAAGGAGAACCUGAUCUAUACCUACAUUGGCUCUGUGCUGGUGUCUGUGAAUCCUUACAAGGAACUGGAAAUCUACACGAAGCAGAACAUGGAGCGGUACCGCGGCGUCAGCUUCUAUGAAGUUUCUCCUCACCUCUACGCCAUCGCAGACAAUUCCUACCGCUCGCUGCGCACCGAGAGGAAGGAUCAGUGCAUCCUCAUCUCCGGCGAGAGCGGCGCCGGCAAAACCGAGGCCACCAAGAAGAUCCUGCAGUACUACGCUGUCACCUGCCCCGCCAGCCAGCAGGUCGAGACCGUCAAGGACCGGCUGCUGCAGUCCAACCCCGUCCUGGAGGCCUUUGGAAAUGCAAAAACCCUUCGGAACGACAACUCCAGUCGGUUUGGGAAGUACAUGGACGUGCAGUUUGAUUACAGGGGGGCUCCUGUCGGGGGCCACAUCUUGAACUACCUCCUGGAGAAAUCCCGAGUUGUGCACCAGAACCACGGCGAGAGGAACUUCCACAUCUUCUACCAGCUGCUGGAAGGAGGGGAGGAGGAUCUGCUGAGGAGGCUGGGCCUUGAGAAGAACCCACAGCAGUAUCACUAUUUAGUAAAGGGUCACUGUGCAAGGGUCAGUUCCAUAAAUGACAAAAAUGAGUGGAAGAUUAUGAGGCGAGCCCUCUCUGUUAUCGGCUUCAAUGACAGUGAAGUGGAGGAUUUGCUGAGCAUUGUGGCCAGUGUCCUGCACCUGGGGAAUGUCCAGUUUGCUGCUGAUGAGCAGGGAAAUGCUCAGGUCACUACAGAGAAUCAGAUUAAAUACCUGGCCAGGCUGCUGGCAGUGGAUGGCUCUGUUCUUCGGGAUGCACUGAUCCACAAGAAGAUCAUAGCAAAAGGGGAGGAGCUGGUGAGUCCCCUGAACCUGGAGCAGGCAGCCUACGCCAGGGACGCCCUGGCCAAGGCCGUCUACGGCCGCACCUUCUCCUGGCUGGUCAACAAGGUCAACAAAUCCCUGGCUUACAAGGAAGAGAAGUUUCCAGGCUGGAGAAGUACAACAGUUCUAGGAUUGCUGGACAUCUAUGGGUUUGAGGUUUUCCAGCACAACAGCUUUGAGCAGUUUUGCAUUAAUUAUUGCAAUGAAAAGUUGCAGCAGCUCUUUAUAGAGCUCACCCUGAAGUCAGAGCAAGAGGAGUACGAGUCCGAGGGCAUCGCGUGGGAACCAGUUCAGUAUUUCAAUAACAAAAUAAUUUGUGAUUUGGUGGAAGAGAAAUUCAAAGGAAUCAUUUCUAUUUUGGAUGAGGAGUGUCUGAGACCUGGGGAUGCCACAGACACGACAUUCUUGGAGAAACUGGAGGAGACUGUGAAGAACCACCCUCAUUUUCUCACGCACAAACUCGCUGACCAAAAGACGCGCAAGUCACUGGGGCGGGAGGAGUUCCGGCUCUCGCACUACGCUGGGGAUGUCACCUACAGUGUUGCAGGUUUUCUAGAUAAAAACAAUGACCUUCUCUUCCGGAACCUGAAGGAGACCAUGUGCAACUCAGAGAACCCCAUCAUAAACCAGUGCUUUGAUAGGACAGAGCUGACAGACAAAAAAAGACCUGAAACGGCAGCAACUCAGUUCAAAAACAGCCUCUCCAAGCUCAUGGAAAUCCUGAUGUCCAAAGAACCCUCCUACAUUCGCUGCAUGAAACCCAACGAUGCCAAACAGGCUGAUCGGUUUGAUGAAGUCCUGAUCCGACACCAGGUGAAGUACCUGGGGCUGAUGGAGAACCUCCGUGUGCGCAGAGCCGGCUUCGCCUACCGCAGAAAAUACGAGGUUUUCCUGCAGAGGUACAAAUCCCUGUGUCCAGAGACGUGGCCCACGUGGGAUGGGCGGCCCUACGAUGGGGUGGCUGUGCUGGUGAAGCAUCUUGGCUACAAACCAGAAGAAUACAAAAUGGGACGAACAAAGAUUUUUAUCCGCUUUCCCAAGACCUUGUUUGCGACAGAAGAUGCUCUGGAAGUGAGGAAGCAGAGUCUGGCCACAAAAAUGCAGGCGACGUGGAGAGGUUUCUACCGCCGGAAGAAAUUCCUGACCAUGAAACGCUCAGCCAUCACCAUCCAGUCCUGGUGGAGGGGAACCCUGGGACGCCGAAAAGCUGCCAAGAGGAAAUGGGCAGUGGAAACAAUCAGGAGGUUCAUUAAAGGCUUCAUUUACCGGAACCACCCGCGGUGCCCAGAGAAUGAGUAUUUCCUGGAUUACAUCCGAUUCUCCUUCCUGAUGAACCUCAAGAGGAACCUACCAAAAAAUGUCUUGGACAAAUCAUGGCCAACUCCUCCCCCAUCACUCUGUGAGGCGUCGCAGCUCCUGCGCAGGCUCUGCAUGCAGAACAUGGUCUGGACCUACUGCAAGAGGAUCAGCCCUGAGUGGAAGCAGCAGUUGGAACAGAAAGUAAUUGCCAGUGAGAUUUUCAAGGGUAAAAAAGACAAUUAUCCUCAGAGUGUUCCCAGGCUCUUCAUCAACACUCGACUGGGUAGAGAAGAAAUAAAUACUAAAGUCCUUCAGGCAUUAGCAAACGAAGCACUUAAGUACGCAGUGCCUGUGGUCAAGUACGACAGGAAGGGCUACAAGGCAAGGUCACGGCAGCUGCUGCUCACCCAGAGCUCGGCAAUCAUCGUGGAGGAGUCCAAGAUCAAGCAGCGCAUCGACUACUCCAACCUGACAGGCAUCUCCGUCAGCAGCCUGAGUGACAACUUGUUUGUGCUGCACGUGCACUGUGAGGACAACAAGCAGAAGGGAGAUGUUGUCCUGCAGAGUGACCACGUGAUUGAGACGCUGACAAAAGCAGCCAUUCUGGCCAACAAAAUCAACAACAUCAACAUCAACCAGGGCAGCAUAAAGUUCACAGUGGGACAAGGCAAAGAAGGGAUCAUUGACUUCAUCUCGGGAUCAGAACUGCUCAUAGCCAAAGCCAAGAACGGGCAUCUAACAGUGGUCGCUCCUCGGUUGAAUUCCCGAUGAUGAAAAAUUCCCUGCUCCAGGACCUUUCCCUCCACGGAAUUGGCUGAACGUUGCUCCCAGCAAACCCCCUCUUCCUCGCUUUGCUCUUUCUGUUAUUACCAAAGAUCUGCACUUUCAGAACAACCACAAAAUACAUCCUUGCUCUCUUGUCUUACUCUCAAGACUCCCAAACAAAGGCCUUCUCCUCUCUUCCUUACCUGACUGAACGUGGGGUCCAGCAUCCCUGCAACCACAGCUCAGGACCUGCUUUGAGGGAGAGUUUAAGCCCUGAUGGAAAUGACCAAAAUUUGUGCUUAUCAUCACCAAAAAAAAGCACAAUCAGAAAACAAGUAACUCUGCUGCUUUCUCAGCCAAAUCACUGAAAUGCCAAACUUUGUAUUCAGAAUGUUUUAUGAAGAAUUUUGCUCGGAGAUGUUUUAAUGCUUUGUGUUACAAAUAUAGUGAAGCCAUAUUGUGUAAA